GUGAGUUUGGUCCAGUUCUCUCUUCUGUUCCACAACUCUCUGGCCGAACCGCUGAGAAAAGCCCCAAGUCUGUACAAUUCUUCCGGUUGCUCUGCCUGGCCAACACAUCCGACCGUUCAUCCAGAUCAGAAUGAAUCUGGUCCGUUGAAAAACACCCGCCGGAACAUCACCAAGUUUGCGCCACCAUCGCAGCAGGUCAGAUGGACAGUAGUGAGCCUGAUAUAACAAGUCAUCCACAGGAAGAAGAUAUAGAAAAUGAGCGCCAAGCAUCACCUGCAUUGGUGAUUGAUCCGGGGAAGGAUUCUCAGGGCCCAAAAGCUUCUCUUGUUGAGCAGAAUCAGGUGGUUAUUGGUGGUGACUGUGACUGUCAAAGUCCAAAUGUUUCUUCUGUUGACAAGAGUCAGGUGGUUAUUGAUAGUGAGCAUGAUUCUCAGACCCCGAGUGUUUCUUCUGUUGAUAAGAGUCAGGAGGAAAUUGAUGGUGAGGACUGUCAGACCCCAAAGGUAUCCUCUGUUAACGAGUUUGAGAUGGGCAUCAUUGGUGGGCUGGAGUCUCAGAGCCCAAAUCCUCUCUCAGGGGUCAGUGUUAUUGUAAAAAGUGAGGAUGACAUGUAUGUGAUACCAAAAGUUGGCAUGGAGUUCGAAUCAGAAGAUGAUGCAUAUAAGUGUUACAGUAGAUAUGCUGUUCUGGAAGGGUUCAGCAUUCGAAAAGAUUUUGUGAACAAAAGUAGGAUAAAUGGUGCAGUGGUGUCCAGAAGGUAUACUUGUUAUAGACAAGGUUAUCGGCCUAACAAACAUUAUGUUAAUGUGAGGAAAUCCCGGCAGGAAACUAGAACUGGUUGCUUGGCACAUAUGACUAUUGCACGUCAACCCAACAGCAAGUUUCGUGUCACUCAUUUUGAAACAACGCACAAUCAUGAGUUGGUAACGCCAUCUACAGCUCAUAUGUUACCAUCACAAAAGAGAUUAAACUUUUUUCAAGCGAUUGCAGAUGACAUAGCCAAUCAUCCUGGGAUGGAUGGUGUACCAAAACUUGGAAUGUGUUUUGACUCAGAAGAUCAUGCGUAUGAGUUUUACAAUACAUAUGCUGGACGGGUAGGGUUCAGUGUCCGGAAAGAUUAUGUAAAUAGGAGUAAGAUAGAUGGUGUUGUGGCAUCCAGACGGUUUACUUGUUUUAGAGAAGGUUUUCGACAGAAAGACAAGCGAGAUUUAAACGUGAAGAGACCUCGAAAGGAAACAAGAAUUGGCUGUUUGGCGCAACUGGUCAUUUCUCGUCAGCCUGAUGGUAAAUAUCGUGUCACUCACUUUGAAGAAAAGCACAAUCAUGAGCUUGUUGCUGCAUGUAGAGUUCGCAUGUUGCGAUCACAAAAGAGACUGGCUGUAGCUCAAGGUGUUGAUGGAAAUUUGGUUGAUGGCUCUGAGAUACAACCAGGAUUAGCCUCUGAAUUACUAUGUAAGACGAUUGGAGAUUGCAAGAAUCUGGCUUAUGAUCCCGUAGAUUAUAAAAGUAAACUACCUUCCCGACAUAUGAGGGAGAUUGGAGAGGGAGAAGCAGACAGGAUACGGCUAUAUUUUCAAAGCAAACAUUUAAAGAACCCUUCUUUCUUUUAUGCCAUCCAACUUGAUGCUGAUGAUCAAAUAGCUAACGUAUUCUGGGUGGAUGCAAAGAUGGUGGUGGACUACAGUGAUUUUGGCGAUGUGGUUUGCUUUGACACAACUUGCAGAUUAUACAAAGAUUGCAGACUUUUUGCACCCUUCAUUGGGGUAAAUCAUCAUAAGCAAAUGGUGAUCUUUGGUGCUGCACUUUUAUACGAUGAAACAGUUGAAUCUUUCAAGUGGCUGUUUCAAACAUUUGUAGAAGCAAUGUCUGGAAAGAAACCUAAGACUAUCCUCACAGAUGGCGAUGCAGCAAUGACUGAAGCAAUUGAUUCCGUAUUUCCUGAAACACAUCAUCGGAUGUGUGUAUGGCAUGUGUACCAAAAUGCACUUAGACAACUUGGCCACAUGUUUGUCGGCUCAGGUUCGUUCAGUAAUGAUUUAAGUAGUUGCUUUUUUGAUCAUGAGGAAGAGGAGGAUUUCAUUAAUGCAUGGAAGGCUAUGCUGGACGUAUAUGGUCUUUGGGAGAAUGAGUGGUUGCAUGAAAUAUUUGAAUGUAGAGAGAAAUGGGCUGUAGCAUAUGGAAGGCAUAACUUUUGUGCUGACAUUAGAAGUUCACAGCUGCGUGAAAAUUUUACUCCUAACUUAAAGAAGUAUCUAAAGUUUGACUCAGAUGUGCUUCCAUUUUUCAAGCAUCUUGGAAAGGUGUUGAAUGAUUGGCACUACAAGGAAUUAGAAGCUAAUUAUGAUAUGGGCCAACAUAUGCCAAGAUUAAUGGGGGAUGUAAUUCUGUUGAAGCAGGCAAGGGAUAUUUACACGCCAAAAAUGUUUGAAUGGUUUCAGCUAGAAUAUGAAACAUGUCUAAAUAUUGUCGUAAACCAAUGCACUGAGAAUGGGUCAUUGUCUGAGUACAAACCAUGCAUUAAAAGUGCUCGAUUAUCGGAACUUAAAGCUGCUCCCAACCAAAUACAUCUUGAAGAGGUGGACAAAAGAUGCAAGAGUCUGAAUUGCAGAGGCAACUUUGGGGCCACCACAUCAGAAGAUUACAGCUUGGAUGAAACAAUGCAAGAUAAAAAGAUCUCUGAUGUGUAACAGUUGAUUUGUUGGCUAUGGUUGCUAAAUUUGACUAAUCCUGUCAAUUUGCUCCCAGAAAAUACAAUGAAAAGAGGAAGCAGUGAUGUGUGAAUAUAUGUCAAUACUGUACAAAAUCAUCCUGUAUACCUUGUUUCAUUUUUAUAUGAAGCUUGAAAGAUUUUGAAGCUCUCU